CCGGUCGAUCAGUGUCCGUGUGUGGGGCUGACCAACAAGUCGCUGCCGUUCGGUCGCCGAUGUUGUUGAACACGUCCAGUACAGUGCUAUGGCUUCGCGUAUAACGUCCGGUGCUCGGUUGUGCGUUCGCGCCAGUAUCGACAAACUCGUGUGCAAUUUGUCCAGAAGUCGUCACCACAAUGCGGUGGAAACGGCCGCCGUCCGUCGGGGCUCGGACAGGAUGCUGCAAUGUUACCAGAAACAGUUAAACCGAAUCAGAUCAGAUCACCAGAGGAAUCAUUGUCGACGUUUUACUACUUUACAAGACACAGAUACAGAUUCACUGUCUUCUAUCGACCCAUACAGACUGUUAGAUGACGACCUCAGAGAUGUAUACACAGACAUCACACGGGAACUCGAACUGAACACUAAUCAAGAUGAGCUACGGACGAUAGCUACAUAUUACUUCGAUGGGCAAGGAAAAGCCCUUAGGCCUAUGGUGGCUAUCCUGAUGGCUCAUGCCAUAAAUUACCACAUGAACAAUAAUGGUUUGGACAAAAAACAAAGAGAAGUAGCUAUGAUUGCAGAAAUGAUCCAUUCUGCAUCACUAAUUCACGAUGAUGUCAUUGAUCAAUCAGACUUUCGACGGGGAAAGCCGAGUGUAAACGCACUUUGGAGUCACAAAAAAGUAGCCAUGGCUGGUGAUUAUAUAUUGGCAGUAACGUCUAUGAUGAUCGCCAGGCUCAACCACAAUGACGUCACAAUCACGCUUAGCCAAAUCAUCACUGACUUGGUUCAAGGAGAAUUCAUGCAGCUCGGCUCUAAGGAGACUGAGAACGAAAGAUUUGCUCACUAUUUAACGAAAACUUACAGAAAAACGGCCAGCCUUAUAGCCAAUUCAGUUAAAGCUGAAGCUAUGUUAGCCGGCGCUGACGACCAAUUGGUCGACGUAUCGUUCGAGUACGGCCGCAACAUAGGCCUGGCGUUCCAGCUGGUCGACGACCUGUUGGAUUUCGUUUCCAGCAAAGAUGCCAUGGGCAAACCGACGGCAGCCGAUCUGAAACUGGGCUUGGCCACCGCUCCAGUACUGUUCGCCUGCGAAAAGUACCCCGAGUUGAAUGCCAUGAUAAUGCGGCGGUUCCAAGAGCCGGGCGAUGCAGAACGCGCCUUCGAGCUGGUGCACAAGUCACAGGGUCUCGAACAGACGCGGUUCCUUGCCAAAAAGCACUGUCUCGAGGCAACUCGUCUGGCCGGCAAGAUUGCCGAGUCGCCGUAUCAGAAGUCUCUGUUGGUCGUACCCGACCUGAUAGUAAAUCGCAUGAAAUAGCCAAAUCCCCUUUGCUGCACGUUGCUUUAGGGUACUCAGAGAUAAAUGUGUACGCAGAUGUUUAGAUUCAAUUUAAAAAAAAAAAAACGUAAUGGUGAACCAGUUAUUAUAUAAAACUAGUCCCAGCUAUUCGAAAAAAAAAUAAUAUAUAAUCUAUAGAUGAUAACUAUUUUAUUUAUAUCGUUCGAAGUUUAAAAUCGCCUCGAUUCAAAGGUACACUUAUUUUUGUUAUUAUAUUAUUUUAUUUUUAAUGUAUGUUUAUUAUUAGUUUUAAUUACCUACAUACUUUUGUUUUUUUUUUUCAACGCUAGUACUUA